AUGUGUGGAGUGUGUUGUGUUUGUGACGCAUUCUUCCACAGAGGAACAGGUGCAGAGCCGGAGAAAUUUGACUGUGGCAGUCCAGUGCCCUUUGACCCGGGCCGUCAGAGCAUCAUCCCCCAGCUCUCCCAUCAUGCUUUGCUGCUGCCACGGUCCCGGGAGCUAGCGCGCGUAGCAUUAGCGAGCGCAGAUUACACAGGGGGAGGCGUCAGGCGGCCACACUCCUCUCUCACAUCCCGCUGCAGCCGCGUCCAGUGGAGACGCGCUCCUCCGCUCCACACCGCCGCCACAGGAGCCUCUGUCCGCGCUGCAGACUGCGCCAUGGCCCGCGCCCUGGACACGGCAGGGCCCGGGAGAGGGACCAGGAGGGUAGGCCCGCGGAGGAGAAAGAGGAAGGCGCUGUUCGGGAUCCAGAUGUGCAUGGCCGGGCUGAUGUUGGGGCUCGCCACGGGACUGAGAGCCGUGACGCGACACGCAGAGACCUCCAGUGGAACAGACGCAGUGGAAGGAGGAGCAGGACUGAGGCAUCUGCUGCAGAACUACUACUACGAGAACGAGUCCCGGCUCUACGCUGAGGCUGAGACCCAUAAGAACUGCACCGAGCCAGCGAUCCACGAGUUUCCCACCGACUACUUCACCAACGCUGAGCGGACGGAGGGAGCGGUGGGACUGCACGUGCUCUGUGCCGUGUACAUGUUCUACGCUCUGGCGCUGGUUUGUGACGACUACUUUGUGCCGUCGCUGGAGAAGAUCUGUGAGCGGCUGGAUCUCAGUGAGGAUGUGGCAGGAGCUACUUUCAUGGCAGCAGGAAGUUCAGCUCCAGAACUCUUCACUUCUGUCAUCGGAGUCUUCAUCACCAAAGGAGACGUGGGAGUGGGGACCAUCGUGGGGUCUGCCGUCUUCAACAUCCUCGUCAUCAUCGGAGUCUGUGGCAUCUUCGCUGUUCAGACCAUCCAUCUGUCCUGCUGGCCCCUGCUGCGGGACUCCACCUACUACACCCUGUCCAUCUCUGCUCUCAUCGCGGUGAGGCCUCCUCCUGCUCCUCCUCCUGCUCCUCCUCCUUCUCCUACUGUUGCUCCCCCUCCUGCUCCUCCUCCUGCUCCUCCUCCUGCUCCCCCUCCUGCUCCUCCUCCUGCUCCCCCUCCUGCUCCUCCUCCUGUUCCUCCUCCUGCUCUUGCAAAUGUAAUUAAACUGUUCAUUUACGAUGAGAAGGUGGUCUGGUGGGAGGCUCUGACGCUGGUCCUCAUGUACGUCGUCUACAUCUUAAUCAUGAAGUGUAACUCGUACGUGGUUAGGUUUUUGGAACGAAGGAAAAAGAAGUCGUCGUCUCUGAGAAAUGGAGCCGCAAACAGCACCGAGCUGGAGGACGGAGAGGCCACCGCCGUGCUGCUCAAGAAAGGUCCUCACCAGCGGAAGGCGUCGGUGUUGAUGGUAGACGAGCUCCUCAGUGCGUACCCACACCAGCUGUCGUUCUCGGAGGCUGGGAUGAGGAUCAUGAUCACCAGCCACUUCAGCCCCAGGACCAGACUCACCAUGGCCUCACGUAUGCUCAUCACAGAGAGGCAGCGGCUGAUCAGCUGUCGCACCAUCACUAACGGAGACUCGGACGUAGUGGUGGGGGUGAAGUCAGGUCUGCGGAAGGGCGCAGAGAACGGCCUGUCGUCGUCAGGGGCAGAUCGCCGUGACGACCGCGAGGCCGGCAACGACACAGAGAACGAGGACAACGACAACAACGAGAACGAUGAAGAUGAGGAGGAGGAGGAAGGAGAGGGGCCGUUCGUACCACAUCACUGUCCAGGGGGCAUCCUGAACAAGCUGAAGUGGCUCCUGGCCUGGCCCCUGUGCCUCCUCUUCUUCUUCACAAUCCCCAACUGCUCCAGUCGCCGCUGGGAAAACUACUUCAUGUUGUCGUUUGUGUCGUCCACGCUCUGGAUCGCCUGCCUCUCCUACGUCAUGGUGUGGAUGGUGACUGUGAUUGGGUUCACACUGGGGAUCCCUGAUGUCAUCAUGGGCAUCACGUUCCUGGCUGCAGGCACCAGUGUCCCCGACUGCAUGGCCAGCCUCAUCGUAGCUCGACAGGGGAUGGGGGACAUGGCCGUGUCCAACUCAAUCGGCAGUAACGUGUUCGACAUCCUGGUGGGCCUGGGUCUGCCCUGGUCCGUGAAGACUCUGGCCAUCAGCUACGGAUCCGACAUCAAACUCAACAGUAAAGGCCUGAUCUUCUCCGUGGGUCUGCUGCUGGGAUCUGUCUUCCUGACGGUCUUGGGCGUCCAUCUGAACAAGUGGACUCUGGACCGGCGUCUGGGUCUGAUCUGUCUGAUGCUCUACUCCGUCUUCCUCUGCUUCUCCUGCCUCAUAGAGUACAACAUCUUCACCUUUGUCAACCUGCCGACCUGCAGGGAGGGGCUGUGA